CGGAGAUGGGGACCCGGCUCCAGCCGGCCCUCCCCUGGGCCCUGACCCUGCUGCUGGCGCUGGGGCUGUGCAGCCCGGAGGCUGGGGCCCACAGAGUCCCCCAGUGUGACUUCCAGGAGGGCUACUUUGAGCAGCUUCUGGACCACUUCAACUUCGAGAGGUUCGGCAACAAGACCUUCCUCCAGCGGUUCCUGGUGUCAGAGAAGUUCUGGAGAAGGGGCGAGGGGCCCAUAUUCUUCUACACGGGCAAUGAGGGCAGCGUGUGGUCCUUCGCCAACAACUCGGGCUUCAUCCUGGAGCUGGCGGCACAGCAGGGGGCCCUGGUCGUCUUCGCGGAGCACCGGUACUACGGGAAGUCGCUCCCUUUCGGAGAGCGGUCCACACAGCGCGGGCACACGGAGUUGCUGACCGUGGAACAGGCCCUGGCCGACUUCGCGAGGCUGCUCAGCGCGCUGCGGCGGGACCUCGGGGCCCAGGACACCCCCGCCAUCGUGUUCGGUGGCAGCUACGGGGGGAUGCUCAGCGCCUACAUGAGGAUCAAGUACCCGCACCUCGUGGCUGGGGCGCUGGCAGCCAGUGCACCCGUUGUGGCUGUGGCCGGCCUCGGUGACUCCUACCAGUUCUUCCGGGAUGUCUCGGCGGACUUUGAAGGCCAGAGUCCCAAGUGUGCCCAGGGCGUGCGGGACGCGUUCCGGCAGAUCAAGGACUUGUUCGUACAGGGAGCUUAUGACACGGUCGGCCAGGAGUUCGGCACCUGCCAGCCCCUCUCCAGCCAGAAGGACCUGACCCAGCUCUUCGGGUUUGCCCGCAACGCCUUCACGGUGCUGGCCAUGAUGGACUACCCGUACCCCACCGACUUCAUAGGGCACCUUCCUGCCAACCCGGUCAAGGUUGGCUGUGACCGGCUCCUGAGCGAGACCCGGAGGAUCAAGGGGCUCCGAGCGCUGGCUGGGCUGGUGUACAACUCCUCGGGCACGGAGCCCUGCUAUGACAUCUACCGACAGUACCAGGCCUGCGCGGACCCCACAGGCUGCGGCUCAGGCCCUGAUGCCAAGGCCUGGGAUUACCAGGCCUGCACCGAGAUCAACCUGACCUUUUCCAGCAACAACGUGACCGACCUCUUCCCCGACCUGCCGUUCACGGAGGGCCUCCGCCAGCAGUACUGCCUGGACACGUGGGGCGUGUGGCCCCGGAGGGACUGGCUGCGGAUCAGCUUCGGGGCGGGAGACCUCAAAGCUGCCAGCAACAUCAUCUUCUCCAACGGUGACCUGGACCCCUGGGCAGGGGGCGGGAUACAGAGAAACCUCAGCACCUCCGUCCUCGCUGUCACCAUCCGGGGGGGAGCCCACCACCUAGACCUCAGAGCGUCUCACCCACGAGACCCCACGUCUGUCCGGGAGGCUCGCAGGCUCGAGGCCAGGCUCAUCGGCGAGUGGGUGGCCGCAGCCAGAAGAGAACAGCGGCUGCAGCUGGCCCAGCGUGGGGGACUCGGGGGGGCUGAGGAGCACUCCCCGACUCGGGACCAGACAGGCCCGCUGGGGAGCAGCUCAGGGCGCUGGGGGUGAGGGGCUAAGGCCAAGGGAGGGGCCAAAGAAGCAUCUGGUGGCCUGGCUGUGCACAGCACAGCGCAAAGCAUGGUGUCUGUGGUCCUCAUGGGGUGACAGAUCGGGCACACUG